AACGCGAGCCGCGCGGCCUGGUGCUCUAGUGCUCGGACGCCCCGAGCCCCCGCGUCCACGCCGGGCUGAGCGUUACCCCCGCCCUUCCCGUGGCCCCUGACCUGGACCCCCAGGCCCUACUCGCCCGAGCCAGGCCGCGCGGGCCGCCCGAGGAGGAGGAGGAUGUCCUUCCAGGGCAAGAAGAGCAUCCCUCGGAUCACGAGUGACCGCCUUUUGAUCAAAGGUGGGAAGGUCGUGAACGAUGACCAGUCCUUCUACGCGGAUCUGUACGUGGAAGACGGUUUGAUCAAACAAAUUGGAGAGAACCUCAUUGUCCCUGGGGGCAUCAGGACGAUUGAUGCCCACGGCCUGAUGGUCCUGCCAGGUGGCAUCGACGUCCACACCAGGCUGCAGAUGCCCGUGCUGGGCAUGACCCCCGCUGACGACUUCUGCCAGGGCACCAAGGCAGCCCUUGCGGGAGGGACCACCAUGAUAUUGGACCACGUGUUUCCUGACACGGGUGUGAGCCUGCUGACAGCCUACGAGCAGUGGCGGGAGCGAGCGGACAGUGAGGCCUGCUGUGACUACUCCCUGCAUGUGGACAUCCCCCGCUGGCACGAGGGUGUCAGGGAGGAGCUGGAGGCCCUGGUCAAGGAUAAGGGCGUGAACUCCUUCCUGGUCUUCAUGGCAUACAAGGACAGGUGUCAGUGCACCGACAGCCAGAUGUAUGAGCUGUUCAGUACCAUCCGGGACCUGGGAGCUGUGGCCCAAGUGCACGCGGAGAAUGGGGACAUAGUGGACGAGGAGCAGAAGCGGCUGCUGGAGCUUGGUGUCACCGGCCCUGAGGGUCACGUGCUCAGCCGCCCCGAGGAGGUGGAGGCCGAAGCUGUGUACCGUGCUGUCACUGUAGCCAAGCAGGCCAACUGCCCCCUGUAUGUCACCAAAGUGAUGAGCAAGAGUGCGGCCGACGUGGUGGCCCUCGCCAAGCGCAGGGGGGUGGUCGUGUUUGGGGAGCCCAUCACCGCCAGCCUGGGCACGGACGGCUCGCACUACUGGAGCAAGAACUGGGCAAAGGCUGCGGCCUUUGUCACUUCACCCCCCAUCAACCCAGACCCCACCACUGCAGACCACCUCACCUCCCUGCUGUCCAGCGGGGAUCUGCAGGUGACCGGCAGUGCCCACUGCACCUUCAGCACCGCCCAGAAGGCUGUUGGCAAAGACAACUUCACCCUGAUCCCCGAGGGCACAAACGGCGUGGAGGAGCGCAUGUCAGUGGUGUGGGAGAAGUGUGUGGCCUCAGGGAAAAUGGACGAGAAUGAGUUCGUCGCUGUGACCAGUACAAAUGCAGCCAAAAUCUUCAAUUUUUACCCAAGGAAGGGGCGAGUGGCUGUGGGCUCUGAUGCUGACCUGGUUAUAUGGAACCCCAAGGCCACAAAGAUCAUCUCUGCCAAGAGCCACAACCUGAACGUGGAGUACAAUGUUUUCGAAGGCGUCGAGUGCCGAGGCGUCCCCACGGUCGUCAUCAGUCAGGGCAGGGUUGUGCUGGAGGACGGGAACAUGUUUGUCACCCCGGGGGCUGGCCGAUUCAUUCCUCGGAAGACGUUCCCGGACUUUGUGUACAAGAGGAUAAAGGCACGCAACAGGCUGGCGGAGAUCCACGGUGUGCCCCGAGGCCUGUAUGACGGGCCAGUCCACGAGGUGAUGGUGCCCGCCAAGCCAGGGGGUGGCGCCCAGGCGCGUGCGUCCUGCCCAGGGAAGAUCUCGGUGCCGCCGGUGCGCAACCUGCACCAGUCGGGGUUCAGCCUGUCUGGGUCGCAGGCGGACGACCACAUCGCCAGACGCACCGCCCAGAAGAUCAUGGCGCCCCCUGGCGGACGUUCCAACAUUACCUCACUGUCCUAGACAUGGCAGCUGGGGUGCCAGCACGCUGGUGGGGCACCGUUCACCGCGGUCGCUUCCCCUUUGUCGGGCUGAUUUUGAAAGGUGCUUGGCCUUCCCUUCCUCUCCCCAGAAACUCUCCCUUUCGGGUCCCAGGUUCUGUAAGGAGGAACUCCCCCAAGGAAAGGGCCGACUGGGGAGGUUUCACUGCCAGGGGCAGUGCAGGUGGCCCCAGCCAAGGUGCUAGGGUACCUCACGAAGGCAGGGCAACCACUCCACUAGAGCUGUGACAUGGGGCCCCGUGACAUGGGACAGGCCGAGAGGCUGGGUGUCUGCUCCCUCCUCUGGGUGUGACCCACUGUCCCUGGAAGCCCAGGCUCUGCCACCUGCCCCGUCCCCCACCCAGCAGCCCCAGGGCUGCUGUGAUUCAGGGACCCCUCAGAAUGUAGUGCAGGGCGGCUCCCGGCAGGACUCCUGCGGCCGUUGUACACUUUUCCAAGGACCAAACCUCACCUUUUAGUCGCCUGUCUCCGGGGCAGUUCUCGGGGCCUGUAGGGGGGAUGCCCUCCUUCCUUACCAGAUGUGCAUCCCGAUAGUUUCUUAGAGCAGAAGUUUUGUGUGGUGAGGACAGCUAUAGCCAGGACUGCAUGUCACCACGGCCCAGAGCACAGCACAGCCCCAGCCUCAUGGGGAGCGGGUCAAUUAAAGCAUCUGGGUC